AUGUUUUCCCCUUCCUACAUUUCUGUUUCACUGUGUACCUCGUCCAUAGUCCCAGCUAAAUACUCGAGCGCGGUCACAACAUCCCCGAUUAGAGAAGUAUCGACUAACCCAAGAAACAAGAUUCUCCUCCUCGGUUGGCUUGGUACUGUCGAUAGCCCGUCUUCCGGAAAUAAUUUCGAGAAAAACGACACCGAAACUGUACACAUCGGAUUUGGCCGUGAGCUUUCCCGUUUGGGCGUACUCAGGCGCGCAAUAGCCGUAUGUACCCAUCACCCUCGUCGAAACAUGGUCUUGCUCGCCUGUUGGGCCCAGCCUGGCGAGCCCGAAAUCCGAGAGCUUGGGGUUGAAUUCGCCGUCCAAUAG